ACAGAAACUAUAAUCGGCAGACAAUUCGAUGAAACCGAACACGAUAUCAAGUUGUAUUCACAGCGUUGCACCCUUGCUAUGGAAUAUAUCUGCGAGUUAUCAACCAAUUUCAUUUAUUUAAAUGGAUUCGUUCGAGACAUAGCAAAAAAGACGAUUUUUAAGGAAUCGUCUGAAAUGAUUGACAUACUUCACUCAGUUAUUGUUGAGACCCUAGAUAACUAUAAAACAAUGCGAGGUGUUCAUCCCAGCUAUCUUGAGAAUGUCGCUACGGUAAUGGAACAUUUAGACAGAGCCGUUCAGGAUGAUAAGCUCACAAGAGACGAUACUAUACGGGAACUAAUGCACGUAUUUAUAGGGUCAUUUGAAGGUUCUGCUUCCACUGUUUAUUUUGCCUUCAUUCUGCUGGGUAUGCAUCCUGAAAUUCAAGAACGCGCCUAUGAGGAGUUAUGCAGCAUUUUUCCCGACUACAACGAUGAUGAAGAAUUCGAAGUGACUUUUGAUCAUAUGGGUCAGAUGGUAUACCUCGAUAUGAUUAUAAAAGAAACUAUGCGACUUUUUCCUAUAAUAUCAUUUAUGGGACGUACAGUAACAGGUGGAGAUCUAAAACUCAGCAAUGGUGUGGUCUUACCUGAUGGUCUAGACGUUUUACUUGAUGUCUAUAAUUUGCAUCGCAGCAAAGAGUUCUGGGGCCCAGAUGCCGAUAAAUUCAAUCCUGAUAAUUUCCUUCCAGCUAAUGUAGAAAAGAGGGAUCCCUGUGCAUAUAUUCCAUUUGCAAAAGGUCCUCGUAAUUGUAUAGAAACUGUCAUCGGCAGAGACUUAGCAAGGUCCCAUCUCAAUCCAAGGGAGUAUGCAGCAGGAAUCGCGGACGGCCUGGAAUACGCAUCGGAUUUGACUAGCAAUUUCCUUUAUUUAAAUUGCCUUGUUCGCAAAGUUGCAGUCCACACAAUAUUUAAAAAAGCUGUGACACUAUUUCAGAACAGCAUUGAAUUUGUUGCGGAGUCUAUAGAUAGUUUUCCUCAACUCCGAGGAAUGGAUCCCAGUUACGUGCAGAAUACAAAUACAGUUUUGGAUUCAGUGGUUAGCGCCAUUGAAAAUAAUGAAUUUCGAAGAGAAGAUAGCAUUAUGGGUCUUUACCAUAUACUUCUAGGGGCUUUUGAAACCAGUUCUGGAUCUACAUUUUUUAUUUUGUUAAUGUUGGCCAUGCAUCCCGAAAUACAGCAAUUGGCCUAUGAGGAACUAUGUGGUAUCUUUCCCAGUAAUGAUGACGAUGAUGGCGAGUUCUAUGUCACCUAUGAAAAUAUGGGUCAAAUGGUUUAUCUGGAUAGGAUUAUAAAUGAAACACUCCGCCUAUUUCCCAUUGUACCACAAGUGGGACGUAAAAUUGUUGGAGGCGAUUUGAAACUGAGCAAUGGUGUGAUUUUACCUGAAGGUCAACGAAUCAUUAUUGACAUUUUCGAUUUACAUCGCAGCAAAGAAAUUUGGGGUCCGGAUGCUUUAAAAUUUAAUCCGGAUAAUUUUCUUACCGAAAAUAUAAAAGGGAGGCAUCCUUAUUCUUUCAUACCCUUUACAAAGGGAAUACGUUUUUGCAUAGGAAUGCGUUAUGCCGAUAUUAGCAUCAAAGUGUCACUGGCCAAGUUGCUCAAAAGAUACACAUUUUCAACAACAGCAAAGAUUGAAGAAUUGAUUUGUGAAAAUCACAUUUCAUUACAUUUGACGAAUCAUCCUGUACUGAAGAUUGAGCGAAGAAGAACAGCGAAACUGUGAUAUGUAUAAAGUCUUGUUUAGGAAACACUUAUUUUUACAAAACAUUAAACAAUAUAAUAUAUAUAAAUAUAUAUU